AUGUGCUCCAGCUCUGGGCCCAAUGCUAAGGCUUUGCAUGCCACCAGGAAGCUAUGGACAGGGUUGUUGGAUCUGGAGCCAAGUGGCUUGAUCCACAGCCAGCCACUGAGACAGGCUCUCCUGUCUUUGUUGGCAGAGAACCCAGAUAUAAACCUGGGGAAACAUACUGGGCUGGUGUGGGCCAAUUUGAAGGUGGAGAGGCUGAACUGCCUCCUGGCACAUGUCAGGAAACUUGGCAGGGGCAGCAAAGCUCUCAUGUCUGUGGCUGCCAAGCUCACCAGGGACCAGUGCCAUGAAUUGCUGGUGGGCUUGAAAAAGUUCAAAAUGCCCAACAAAACAGAGCUGGCCCUGGUGCCAGUGACAGCAGCAGAAGUGGAGCUUGGAAAAGCACCUUCUGCUAAGAGCAAAGCAGCCACAAGUGAGCUUGGAAAAGCAUCACUUCAAGAAAAGGCCCAUGUGCUUGGAAAAGCACCAGCAUCUGCCAAGGCCAAGCUUGGAAAAGCCAAGCCUAGCAAAGAUGCAGGGAAGCUUGGAAAAGUUGGCAAGGAGGCCCUUGGAAAAGGUAAAAGAAAGCUGGCUCCCAGAAUCAGUGAUGUGAGCUUGGACUCUGCAGGCUUCCCUGGGAUGUUCAGCAGCCCCUCCAAGAAAGCCAGAAGUGCAUCUUCCUCCCAGGUGAUGUGCCUGAGGAGAGCAGGUAGCAGGUUGCAUGCAGCCAUGGGCUAUGGUUUGGAAAAGCCAAAGGCAAAACCUGCCAAAAAGCCUGCCGCAUGCCUUGGAAAAGGCAAGAGCAAGCCAGGCAAGGCCAUGGCUGAUGAACCCAAAGAAAGGGAACCUUGGGUUGAUCUCAAGCAAACAGUGACUCAGAAUAUGUCCAUCCACUACCUUGCCAUUAUUGGUAAGAUCAGGUGUGCCUUGGAAAAGGACAACCUGACAAAAGCUGAAGCCUUGGCCAUGAGGAAGGAAAGAAGGAAGGGGAUGCAGUGGUCAGCCUUGGAAAAGGCAGACCCAACUGACCCCACUGUCCUGGCCAAGCACCUGGAAGCCUUGGAAAAGGCAAAAGCAAGGUGCCAGGAGAGGAUGGCAGAUGCUGUUACCAAGAAAUUGGAACAGCUCUCCACCUCUGAUGAGCCCAGGGCAGGGGGCGCCAAGCACAGGGGCAAGAGUGGCCAGCCAAGGAAGGCUGUGCCCACCCCUGAUUUGGAAAAGUCCCAGGGCAGCACCACCCAUGGCAGUGCCACCAAGGGCUUGGAAAAGCCUGUGGUGGUGGUUGACUGGCACAACACCUUGGAAAAGGAUGAUGUUGUGAGCCAGGACAACCUGGCAGGCUUGGAAAAGCUGCAGGAACACUGCAGAGUGAUCCUGCUCUCUGCAGUGGACACUGCCUUCAGGAAAAGGCAAGUCCUGGUGGACAUGGAUGCCAUGAUCCCAGACCACAUUCACCAGCAGGGCCUUGGGAAAGAAACCUGCUGGAAGAAAUGUGGUGAGGGUGGGAAGGCAGAUCUUGCCUGGCAGUGGGAUGCUGUUGCCAUUUCUGAUGACAAUUGGCAUAUCUGCCAGGAAUGUGAGGCCUGGGGCAUUGAUGCUUACCAGGUCUCACAGAAGAAGGCAGCCAAGGGGGCCUUCCCCACCUUUUGGAAAGCUGUGGAUGCUUUCCUGGUGGGGGCCAAUGCUCAGUAG